AAUACUGCAGCUGAUGUCCGGACUUGUAGAUUUCAUAGCGGCUCGGCUUUUGUUAGCGAGUUGGUUAAGACCAAGAAAGACAGAAGAGCCGUAUUCAUGCACUUACAGGGAAGAAAAUGAUCAUCUGUGCGAAGAAAAUGGACUAUCACCUCGGAACUCCGUGUCAGCUUGUCAAAAAUCAGGUGAUGAAGGUGAACUCUGAGAAGGAACGUGCCUCUCCAUUGUGCAUGAAGGCUCUGGCCAGCAGGGGGAGAUUAGACACAGUAUCACAGCAAAUGGCGUCUCAUCCACAGUAUUUGGAGAGCUUCCUGCGAACCCAGCACUACAUACUGUACAUGGACGGCCCGCUGCCCCAUCACUACCGCCACUACAUUGCCAUCAUGGCUGCAGCGCGGCAUCAUUGCAGCUACCUAGUGUCUCUGCACUCUGCUCAGUUCCUGAGGGUAGGGGGCGAUCCACUAUGGCUGCAGGGGUUGGAGGCUGCGCCCCCUCGCCUCCAGCAGCUCGACCACAUCAACAAAGUGCUGGCUCACCAGCCCUGGCUCACUGCUCACUCACACAUCCAGGCUUUGCUGAAACCGGGCGAACAGUGCUGGUCACUGGCCGAGCUGGUCCAGGCUGUGGUGUUGCUGGCCCACUGUCACUCGCUGUGCAGCUUCAUCUUUGGCUCAGCUUCCGAGACGGACACCGCACCCACCUUGAGAGUGCCUCAUGGAACUCCCCCAGGUUACUGCCUGUGCGAUGCUGCCAAUGGCAACACAGCCUUACCACCCACAGAGCGCACGCCCCGCAGGAGGUCUCUAGACUCAAGCUGUGAGCUGACUUGCCUACGAGAGAGAAUCCAAAAGUCUCAGGAAGAGAGAAAAGGAGAUCCAAUUCUACACUCACACACACUCCUGCAUAUAGAUGCAGAAGAGGAGGAAGAGGAGAUGAUGUGUUCUACAGACCCCUCCCGUUUUGUCACAGACCCCGAUUUUGGCUACCAGGAAUUUGCCCGACGGGAGGAGGACCAUUUCCAAGUAUUCCGGGUGCAGGACUACUCAUGGGAGGACCACGGUUUUUCUCUAGUGAACCGGCUCUACUCAGACAUUGGGCAUCUGCUAGACGACCGGUUCCGGAGCGUGGCCUCUCUCCCUUCCCCCCAUGACCCCGAUCUAAAAAGAGCUAUUUGGAACUACAUCCACUGCAUCUAUGGAAUUAGAUAUGAUGAUUAUGAUUAUGGAGAGGUCAACCAACUGCUGGAACGUGGGCUGAAGCUUUAUAUUAAGGCUGUGGCCUGCUACCCAGACUCUACCAAGAAUCUUCUGUGCCCCCUGCCAUUGACCCCUCUCAAAGCCUCAGAGAAGGUCCACGUGAACCUGCUAGUGAUGGAGGCUCGGCUGCAGGCUGAACUGCUCUAUGCACUUAGAGCCAUCACUCAGUAUAUGAUUGCCUAGGACACCGACACUCGCAUGCAGAGAGAUGGAGGGAGUUGCACAGUCACUUAUGGUACAUAAGUGUCCUAACCCAGGGGCGGUGGGGAAAGGCAAGGAAAGAAAAUGGAUGUUAAAUAAAAUGGGGGAGAGCCAAACAGAGACUUAAGAAGAGCAAUAUCUCUCCUAUUCCAUAUCUCUUAUGUAUUCUCAUUGUCAAAGGUUACUUGAGUGUGACAUAAGGUACUGCUGUGAAAAGUCUUCAAGGUGACACUUGAAGGUGGAAAAAACAAUCUUAUCCCCCAUCUCGAUCUCUCCAUCUGUCUGUCUGUUUCUCUCCCUCUCUCUUUGCAUGUUGUUCCUUUUUCAUUACUUUCUCUGACCUUAACUUUGCCCUUAUGUGUGUGUAUGUGUGUGUUUGUGAGGGUGUGUGUGGGUUUUUUUUUUUUUGUUUUUGGUUUUUUUUUUUUCCUACUUUUUUCUGUUUUGGAUGUCCCUGCUCCAGAUGGUUAAUGUGCAAUUAUCUUUAUUCUAUUGUUGUUAUUGUUGUUAUUGUCAAUGAUAUUUUUAUUGUUGUUUUUUUGGCUGUUGCUACUCUGUUAAAUAGUAGAUGGGAGGAUGAGAGGAAGUGGAAAUUUCAGUUCUGGAGUAUUGACUGCGUAAGACUGAGACGAAAACAAAUGACUUUGACAUCUCCCGAAAUCUGAGUCUGUGUUUACUGAGGGCUGAGCGAACAGACAAAAGUUGAAUGUUCAUAUGGUUUCUGAAUGCUUCAUUUGGAUUUAAGUUCAGAACAAAACAACAAAAAAAAAGACAAAUGUAGGGUUACAUGACUAUAACUUUGUUUUAAUAGCACUUUUAAGAUAAACAUAUUUAGGUGCAGACUUCUCUUACAGCAGCAUCCAACUUUAAAACCAUCAAAAAAGGAUGUACUUCAUAUGACUCCUUUUUAGUUGUACUGCUGGCUUAUCCAGCAUUAAUGUGAAGGCUCAAGAUAACACAAACCUGGCAGAACUUUUCAAAUAAUCUGAUGCUUUUUAGCAAUUUUACUGCAAAAGUAUAAAACUUUACGUUAUGAUGUACACUCCACCAAGACGACGGAGUUUAGAAUAAGCUUAAGUUUAAUGAUUUUAAUGUUGAAACGUUGUGGUGUAGGUCAAAUGAAGGAAUUUCCUUUCCAAACGAAUCUGCAAAACAGUUCGAUACUUCGCCAUCUGUGAUACUUUACAGCGCGAUAAGGUCAGAGGUCAGCCUGCCGCAAUGCUUCCUGUAAUUGACCUGCACAAAUUGUUUCCUUGCACUGGACAUUUUUGCACAAAAACCCCGUAAGUGACCUGCAUUGCCUCUGAGCAGCUGUAACUGUUAUUGGAACAAAUGACCUGGUGAGGCCUGGAUUCACUGGUACCAACCACACUGAUGCCAUAAGUACUUCAAAUGUUCUGCUGGUGGGAAAGGCCAAACUUGGUUAUUUGCUAGGUAAAGCCAUGAUAGUAUUGAAGAGUUGCAGUUUUCCGAUGCUCUUGUAAAGGUACAUUUGGCGAAAACAUGGGCAUCAUAAUUUUCUUGUAGUGGUGUUGUUUUUUUUUUUUUUUAAUUUUUUAUUUAUUGUUACACACAUUGCAUUACAGUCCUGUCACUGCAGCUAUGUUCAGACAAAACAGUGCUCAGCAGAUUUUGGCAUGGGCUGCUCUGUUUAGACGGAGUACUGAUUGGAACUGAAGUGCUUUCAAGUUUUUAAACUGAAGAACAGAUAGGUAUCAGAUAUCCGGAAGGGUGGAGGAAUAAUCAGAUUUGAUUUGUCUUUAUAAACAUAGCCAGUGACUGUUCUUGGCUAGGUUUCCCAAAAAAGUCUUGGCAUUGUUAAUGAUUGUUAAAUGGUACAGUGAGCAUCACGUUAAACACUCUCUACCAGUUACGAUUAUCAUAAUGCUACGAAACCUUUGGGAAACUGGGCCUUUGUAGCGUUUUUUUUUUUUUUCUUUCUUUUUUUUUUUUUUUUUUUUUUUUUUUUUUCCCUUGGGAGGGAAGAAAAGGAGGGUUGAGAGUCUCAUCAGCUGUGCUGUUGCAUUUUCUCUUAAUACAGUAGUAGGGACUGUGGAGGAACUAUGGAGUGCAUAUCAGCGGAACACAAAACCAAUGGAUGUAUUUCAGUACGUGCUAAACUUUGGGGCCGACUUCCUGAACACAGGUUUGAGUCCCAGGCUUUAAAGAACUUUUUCCAUUGACUGUAAAGGCUAUUUUAGUCCAGGAAUACAUGGACCUUAAGAGAGCCACUAGAUGGAGCUUAAUAAGCAUGGUGCCUUCAGCUCAUAUCAGUAAGGCAAACUUGGACUGGCAUUGUCAUUGGAGGACAGGGGGUACUACUGAAGCGUGUUCGACAGAGCCGUAUUUGGUUGUGUUGGGCCUAACUGCACUGCUCCUCCGCUCACAAAACAAGUUUCUUCUCAGUUCCAGCCAGCAGCAGCAGCAGCACCAACCCUAUCAGCACUAUCAAGCUGUUCUGUAUCUCUCAUGCUGUAGUUUGCCUGUUGUACCAUCAGCAUGUCUUGAUUGGCCACUCACUGAUAGUCAUGUAUGACAUCAAAGAGCAACAGUGGACUCUUCUCCCCUUUCUGCUUUCUUUGUGAACCCCCCUUUUGAUGGAAGAACUAAAGACUGUGCCACAGUGAUGGAGACUGAAAGACUUGAAAGAGCAUGGCUUUUGCCAAGUUGUUUGAUAUUUACCACGUAAAUGUAGGGAUUAUAAACAAACAAACCCAACAAAAAAAUGUCAAAACAAGAAAAAUCAAGCAAAAAAUCUUUUGUUUCCCCUGAAGUAUGAACCUAUUUUUUCUAUAAAGACAUGCUAUACCA